CACUUCAUGUGGCUCUUAAAAACCUGCUUUUAUAUCUACAGCUGUCAAUCAAUCCACUCUCUAUUUCUACCUCUUAACUCUCUCUCUCAACACACUCUCACACGGACACAGAUACAACACAGACACUGACAAGAAAGUGUUGUUAUGACAGACCUCAGGAUCAAUGAGCUCAGGGUCGACGAAGCAGACACAGAAGCCAGCAAUCACUCGAGUGAAGAAGAGAAUGAGGAUUGGAUUAAACCUCUUAUUUACCAGUCCCAGGGGGCCAAAGAGUUUGCCUACUGUCCCUACAGCAAGUUCCGGGUGGGGGCAGCCCUGUUGGCACAUGAUGGAACCGUUUUUACAGGAUGCAAUGUAGAAAAUGCAAGCUACAAUCUUGGUCUCUGUGCAGAGAGAACAACUAUUGCAAAAGCUGUUUCCGAGGGAUACAGACGUUUCAAGACUAUUGCCAUUGCCAGUGACCUGGAAGACCAGUUCAUCUCACCAUGUGGAGGUUGCAGACAGUUCAUGCGAGAGUUUGGUGAUCAGUGGUCCGUGUACCUAUCCAAGCCUGAUGGGUCUUAUGUGGAAAUGACUGUAGGAGAGCUGCUUCCUGUGUCAUUUGGACCUGAAGACCUGAAGAAAAAGACCAUGUUGACUACACAGAAUGGGUCAUAAUAGUAUUCACAAGACAAGAGGAAAAACAGGAAUCAUUCAUAACAGCAUUACAAGUCCAUGAAAUGUCAAUAACCCCUAGCCACAUACAUGAAGAAUGUUAGACUUCCAAUAAGACUACUAGACAAUUUAUUAGUAUUAGAUAAUGCCAGUGGAUAUUGACUUGUGUCUCAGAUAUUAGGAAAAUGCCUCAAUGUGUUUUCUAACAAGUGUUGGAAAUACAGUAGAUCACAUCAAAUUAUAUUUGGCUACACAGCUCACAUUCACAUUACUAUUUGCAUGUGUAUGAUUAGAAGUGAUUGAAGUAUCAAUGUUAAAAAUACUUGAUGUAUUACUCAAAAAUAUUAAAGUGCUUUAGGACAAUUGAGUAAAGUUUAAAUCGUUUUUAGGCCUAUUUGCAUAAUUUGCUGACGCCGGUAAAAUUGUAAUUGUCGCACUUUCAAUUGUCUCUUUAAUUCUAAAACAGGUCAAGUAACAAAAUAACAUUCGGUGACUGUAACAAGGAUGCCUCUGUAUGUUCUAGUUUGUUUACAUAACGAUUUGUCCUUGUGGAUCUUAUGAACGACGAGGACUGAUGGAGAAAGUAUAAAACUUGCUUUAUUGGUAAAGCAUGUCUGUAAAACAUGCCAUCAGCAGUGGGGUUGAGUUGGAACGGUCAGUUUUCCAGUUAGGUUACUAACAGCAAAGUUCCAAGGUGAGUGUCUUUGUGUAGGACAACCAGUCCACACCGUUCAGCCUCAAACUUUCCUACCUGUUCGGUACCGAUAUUACCACACGUUGUUGAGUGAUAUUGCUACACAGCUGCAGUCCGGUGGAUUCAGGAGGUUUGGAGAGCAACGGUUUGCCAAGAAAUAAAGUGGUGCUUUUGGUCUGGGGCGGGUUUGAUUCAACGACAAAUGUAGUGCUGUGACAUGCCAGGAAAUCCAGGUAAAUAACAACAUGGCUUUAGGCAGCAAAUAUAUACAAUAAAAAUAGCUGUAGUUAGUUAUAGACCUAGCUCCGUAGUAAGAUCACUGCAAUGGAUCGAACACUGGAGUUAAGUCUUAGCUAGGCAGCAAGUUGAUUAACUAGCAGAUUUGAGGUCAUACUAAAUGUCAUACUUUCUUUUGAUAGUUCAGAAAUGGUAGAUAUAACUUGUAGAUCAACUUGUAGCUAUAAAAAAAGAUUGCCUAGUCAUAACAUAUCUGUCCCAGCUGUCUGAAAGGCGUUAUUAGAUACUGUUUGGCGUAGAAGAUCAUUUUCGGCCAACAUUAUUAACUUAACAUUAUUAACUGGACAGAGUAAUGGUCUGGCAAUAUUUUUAAUAGCUACAAGUUGAUCUACAAGCAGUGGAGACCCAUCAUUUUGGCUGGACCACCUGUUAUGAAUCCCACAUUUAUUUGGGCUUGCCUGUUUUGCAUGUUAUUUUGGCAUUAAUAUGUGUCACAUAUCAGUUUGCAAACAAUGUAAAAA